GCGCUCACCGGCACUUCCGGCGCGGUGCGUCUCGAACUGUAGCCCGCCCGGCCUACUGAGCGCGGCCGCCGAGUCCAGCCCGCCGCCGAGCGCCUGCUGCCGGCCCGGCGACCCCAUGGAACGCCUAGAUAAAGCGGCGCUGAACGCGCUGCAGCCGCCUGAGUUCAGAAAUGAAAGUUCAUUAGCAUCUACCCUGAAGACGCUGCUGUUCUUCACAGCUUUAAUGAUCACUGUUCCUAUUGGGUUAUAUUUCACAACUAAAUCUUAUAUAUUUGAAGGCGCCCUUGGGAUGUCCAAUAGGGACAGCUAUUUUUACGCUGCUAUCGUUGCAGUGGUUGCAGUCCAUGUGGUGCUGGCCCUCUUUGUGUACGUGGCUUGGAAUGAAGGCUCACGACAGUGGCGUGAAGGCAAACAGGAUUAAAGUGAACAUCACCUUUUGAUAGCAUUAAAUUGAUCUUUUUAAAAUGGUAAAUGCUGAGGGUGGGGGACACUGAUGAUUUGAUAAAGUUGAAAAGGCCUUAAGGAGUCACAUUUGAGUAGUGUAAAUUUUGAUCCUUCUAAUACAAUAGUUUGUAUAAUUGAUUUUAACUGUGUGAGUCUCAUUUGCAAAUGAGAAUUUGGAAAAGUUAAAUUAGUUACAAAUGAAUAUAUUAGUUACACAUCAUUCUGGAAAGAAUUUAAUUAUCUUACAACAAAAAAUGUUUUAUAGCAUUUUGACUGAUAGUUGCUUUUGGGUUUUGCUCCUCUGACUAUAUUAAUAUGUACACAGUGAAGCAAAUCUAAACUUCAUUUUAUGCUGGCACACUUUCCCUAGCUAUCAUGAAAAUACCAGGUCCUUGGGUUUAGGGUUUUAAUUUCUAUGGAAAGUCGCUUAAAUUGUGGACACUGGAAUUAAUCUGAAUGUCACUAAGGAAUUUCACAUAAAGUGUAAUCCCUAGUCAGUAGAAAUCUUUCAUUACAUUAUUUUAUGGGAACACUUGGCUAAAUCACACCCAUUCAUGUAAAAAGACUUUGAUUUACUGAAGGAUCUAGAGAGCAAAGCAAAGAGCUUGCUGCUCGGGGCACUCAGCCUGCUUCUUAAAGUCCCCUUGCAGGCCAGCUUUAUGCUUUUCAGGCCAACUUUUUAAUGAUAUGCUUUGCUCCCUCAUUCAACAUUGAAGUUAGGCUUCAAUUACAAGGUUUGGGGAAGCUCCAUUUACAAUGUUUUUUCCUACAGUUUUUUUUUUAUUAUGGUGUGUAUGAUAGUGUAUACAUUUAAAUGUGUUCAUUUUUGCAUAUGUUGGGAGUAUAAACAAUCUUAAAAAUGGAUUAUUUUUAUCACCCAAGAAGUAUUCUCCUUGGGAUUUCUGGUCUAGUGGUCUUUUUAAGUCAGAGCUAAGUUUUAUACACACACACACACACACACACACAGAGAUAGGUAAUUUUUGAGGCCCUUUCUGAUGGAAAAAUUAAAAACCCCUGAUUUUAUGUGAGUAUACUUAGUCUGUGUUCUUUCUAGCCAUCUGGCACUAUUUGUGUAAUCUAAAAACACUACCCCCUACAAAUAUUUGUUUUUUUAAUUAUAAAACCAUAAUAUAUGUUCUUUUUAAAAAACUAUAAAAUUACAUAAUCAAACAGGAAGAAAAUUAAAAUUCCCCAUAAUGUUGCCACCUGAAGAUAGCCACUAUUUUGGUUUAUAUCAUGUAUGCAUCUUUGAAAGCCAUUUCUAAUGUUAGUUUGAUACACACUAAAAAUUUACUCCUUUAAAAUUCAAAUUUCCUGUUACUGAUAAUUCUAAUACAAUGGCCCUUGCUGAAGUGUUUGCCAUUACUGAUUUUUUUGUUCACCUUUAUUAUUUUUUAUAUUGUGGAACUGGACUAAAGGAAUAGAGAGAUGAUUAGGCCUAAAAGUCAAGUAGACAUUUGUAUUUAUUUAAUUGUUGAGAAAAAAAAUCAGGAUGAUUAUUAUAGGACUGUUUUUAAUUCUUGCUUAUAGUUAAAUGUUGUCUACAGUUUAAAUGUCUUUAAGUAGUUAUUUUAAAUGUAAAAGGUGGUUUGUUUGAUAAAGACUACAACUUUGGUAUAAUGUUGAGUCUGAAAUAUUGUGUGAUAGAUUUCUAGAUGAUCCCCUCUUAAGGUGCCCUGUUGGAUUUAGAAUUGUCCACCUAAUUUCUUUUUAUAUAAUGCCAAGGUGUUUCUUGUACUUUUGGGAUCUUAGUGCUAUUUGUAAAAUAUUAAUGUCCAGUGUUGGAUUAUUUUGUUUGGUUUCAGAUACUUGCUGAAUAGGUAAUGAUAUGGAUAUUUUCAGCAGUAUUUAAACCAGGGAUACAUGCAGAAGCAGUUGUAAUUUCCUCUUGGAAAUAGUACCAAGUGUUUGAAAGUUAAAAUUUAAUGCUAGGUUGAUAUUUAGGAUUAUUUCAAAAUAGGCUUGUUUUCAAAGCAGUUUUUUCCUAGGUUUUAAAACUGUAAGCUCACUUGUUUGCUGGUGUUCUUAACUAUGGUAAAUAACAUACAGUAUUUGACAGAUAGAUAUAUUUUUCAAGAUGCCUCACUUAUUUCCUCUUGCACAGUGUAUGUACUUCAAAAUGUAUAGAAAUGAAAGCGACAGAUGAGCCCUUAUAAAUGUUUUAAGGUAGGAAUAUGUUCACUAUUGUUUGAAAACUGAUUGUAAGAAUAACCUCAAUUAGGAAGUGUAACUUGAAGUAUCCGUCCAAGCUACUGAUUUAACCCUAUUUACUGUAACAUGUUACCUUUCUCACCUCCCAUUUUGCCUCCCAGAAUUUAAUCCUUUUUCCCUGUUGUGCUGAAAAAUGAAAAGUCUGCUAUAGAAUGCAUCUGAUGUCAUUAGGUCUUCAAAUGGAUACCAUUUCACAUAUAACGGUAGAAUUUGGUUUUGAGUUGUUAGUGAAGAAACUUAAACCUGUCAUUAAAGAGUCCCUGUGUCUCAUGGGAAUCUAACAAAUACCUUGUAGUGAUUAGAAUGUUUUCAUCACAUGUAUCUCAUUGGUUUUGCCAAAAGAAGCAACUAAUUGACUUGUUUGGUAUUUAUUUUCCAUUUUCAUAUAAAUUUUAUAUAUAUAGUAAGAAUACCCAAGGAGUAAGUUAUACCCAAAGAAAGAUUAAACCUGAGGUACAUGAAACAAAGGAUUUAAAUCCUGUUUUAAAUCUAUCCUGUUUUAAACCUAUCUAGUGUGUAGUUUUUGUCUUAGACAAGUUUGUGUUUAUUGUUUAAUUUAUACUCACGUGAAGUUGUAAACUAUUGUUAGGCCCAUUUGAUAAAUGGUUCAGCUAUGGCACAGAAUUUAUCACUUGUCUUAGGUUAGUGGCAGGUUUCUCUGCUGUCAAGCACCCUGUGUUGUCCACCAGAAUAGUACAGCUAUUAAUUCAGACUGUACUCCUAUGUUUAAGAUAAUUUUUAUAAGAGCUGGGCUGAGGUAGUACAUUAAUAAGUGGACAAGAUUCCUUUUUUCCUUUUUCAGGGGGAAAGAGUAACCUUAAAAAACAUUAUUUUCAGGGACUUUGGGAACCUAACAAUAAAUAAAUAUUACACAUAAUCUAUGAAUAGCUUAACCCUUUUAUAUAUUCCUUAAAAUAGUUGGGAAUUCCUUGACAUCACUCCUGGCCACACUUUUCUUGCCUGUGUUAUUGCUACGUGUCCUUCAAAGUAAUAUCUGCAUUCCUUUUAAGAUGUUCUAUAAGUCAUAUUUGUCAGUUACACAAAGUAGUCUUCCUUUUUCCCAUGUUCAGUGAAAUCUCAUUGAACAGUAAUAAUAGCAAUAGCUAACAACAUCUGCACAGCACCUUACGGUUUGCAAAGAACGUUCACACAUUCUCAUUUGAGUUUUGCAUAGUGAACCUGUUACGAGAUGUCUCUUGAUGUCGAUGCUAAAAGUGUUAGAAUCUUUAAAUCACUAGAGUCAUUGAAUAUGAUGUAGUAUUGAGUAGUGCACUGACUAGGGGGAGGAUUUAGAUGUGCUGCAUUUUAAGCCGUUUGUAAUUAUCAAAAUGGGGGCGUGCAUUCUUUAGCCACUUGAAUCAGAUUUACUUUUGUAAAUGAUGCUUUUGUAACCGUUAUCUGGAUGGAUUUUGUAUUCAUUAUAUUCUAGCCUGUAAUUUGUAUAAAUUUAUCAUCUGUUGUCAUUAAAAAAGUGUCUGUAAUUCCA